CUUGUUAGGAAGGUCUAUCAAAUUGAGGAGGUCUUUCUAUGGACUGUAUCCCUACAAGUCAAGCAUGAUCGGUCUGGAGUCACUUGCAGAUCCAUCAUCUGAUUGGGACAUUGUGGAAACAAUUGGGAAAGGAACCUAUGGCAAGGUCUACAAGGUCAUCAAUAAGAAAGAUGGAAGUCAAGCAGCCGUGAAAGUUUUGGAUCCCAUUAAUGAUGUGGAUGAGGAGAUUGAAGCGGAGUACAACAUCCUGCGCUCGCUGUCCAACCAUCCCAAUGUGGUGAAGUUCUUUGGCAUGUUCUACAAAGCAGACGAGCUCUCUGGAGGGCAGCUAUGGCUUGUUCUGGAGUUGUGUAAUGGGGGUUCAGUAACUGACCUGAUAAAGGGUUUGCUGAUGAGGGGAAAACGUCUUGAGGAGCCCAUCAUCUCCUACAUCCUGUAUGGAGCGCUUUUGGGUCUUCAGCAUCUUCACAACAACAGAAUAAUUCACCGUGAUGUGAAGGGCAACAACAUCCUCCUCACUACAGACGGCGGAGUCAAACUGGUGGACUUCGGUGUCUCUGCUCAGCUGACGAGUGCCCGUCUACGCCGAAACACAUCAGUGGGAACCCCGUUCUGGAUGGCUCCUGAGGUGAUAGCAUGUGAACAGCAGUAUGACUACUCGUAUGACGCCCGCUGUGAUGUGUGGUCUUUGGGCAUCACUGCCAUAGAGCUGGCGGACGGAGACCCACCCCUGUCCGAGAUGCACCCAGUCAAAGCGCUCUUCAAAAUACCACGGUAA